AUGCUUGGGUAUGCGUCAGCUCGGCCGAUUUUGGGCGAUAUGGACCGGCCAGAGCGUGAACGACGCGCCCUUCACCUAGCUGCUGCAGAUGGAAUGGCCGACAUAGUGGGUAUGCUCCUCGACUGCGGUUAUGAUGUAAAUGCACGGGAUAUAUUUGAACAGACGGCUUUACAUCUGGCAGCAUCGCAUAAUCAUCCGUCUGUCGUUCGACGACUGCUAGAAACCCCAAACAUCAACGCUCUUGCGAAGGAUCGCUACCGCUUCACGCCUUUACAUGCGGCGGCACAAGCUGGAUCAGCCGAAGCCGUGAGCCUUCUUUUAGACAAUACGAACAUUCACUUAAACUGGGAAACUGCCCACGGCGCUACAGCAUUAUGGCUAGCAACUGAAGGUGAACACGAUGAGGUAGCCGAGCGACUACUGCAGGAGCCCAGCAUAGAGGUGAAUGCUGUAGAGAAAGACAUUACCCUGGGUAGAUCCACCUCUCUCCACCAUGCUGUGAAGAACAAGAGUCUACGAAUUGUAAGCCAACUCCUCCAAAAGUCGAGCCUGAAUCCCAAUCUUUUGGAUUAUGCUACGAGGACCCCGUUAUGCUGGGCAGCCGGCGCUGGGGACGACCAGAUGGUGGUCUGGCUCCUCGAACGAGGCGAUCUAUUACUGAACGCCGUUGCGGAAACAGGGCAAUCUCCCUUAUGGCUUGCAGUACAAGGAAAUCAUCUUGAAACGGUAAAGCGCCUGCUUCAAGCUCCUGCAAUUGAUGUUAAUAAUGGCUGGGCGGACCAAACCCCGCUAUUAAAAGCUCUAAAGUGUGCACACCUUGACGUUUCGCAUAUGCUUUUAGAGCAUGAGAGACUCGACAUCAAUGCUCGGGACGGUCAGGGUCACUCUGCAUUGACCUGGUCUGUGUGUGCGGGGUGGAACGAAAUUGUGCAGAAGAUCCUCCAAAGGACUGACGUGGAAGUUAAUGAAGCAGCAGAAUAG